CGUGUUGUGUAUAUGUGUUAUAAACAACACAUCAUUUAAACGAUACCUUCAAUACAUACAUACAAUACAUUCAAUUUGAUUGAAUCAAUCAAAUACUGCAAUCAAUCGCCAAAUCAUUUAUUUUUUUCAAUCCAUUCAUAAGACUCGGACUCGGUUUUAGUGAUUAACCCAAAGAUAUGCCUGCAUCGGCCAGCAGUACAUCAGUGGGCGCCGGCAGUCGUUCGCCACGCGCUAUGCCUACCCGUAGCUCAGGUGGUAGCGGUAGUACUGUUAAACAGCGUAAGGUUGGCGGCGGAACCAGCAGUGGUGGCGGCAACCGAUCGAGAGCGGCGGCGGCCAAUAGCGGCGGUAUGUGGAGGUUCUAUACGGACGACUCGCCCGGCAUUAAAGUUGGUCCCGUACCUGUUCUGGUGAUGAGUUUGGUAUUUAUCGCAUCAGUUUUUAUGCUUCACAUUUGGGGCAAAUAUACCCGUUCUUAAGGCACCUUUGGUUAGCAUUUUUAGUGGUCGUGUAUUUGUAUCAAUCCAUUAACCGAUUUAUUAACCGAAAGUUUUUAUUAUAAUUUUUUUUAUUAUAACUAUAUUUUCAUAUAAUAAUUAUUGAAUGAAAAAUACCGAUUAUUAUCUAAUUUGUUGUUUUAAUUUUUGUCGGACCAAACAAUUUUGAAUGUAUAUUAAUAUGAAAAAAUAAUUAUUAAAUUAAAAAGAAAUUGA